AUAUAUAAAUAUAGAGAAAGAAUUCGUACAUUCGUUAUCCAUACACACACGUUGCACCGUAGUACUCAGCAGAACACUGUGCACCAGCGACAAGCACUCCGUCAAAAUGCAGGUUACUUUGGUCUUAUCGUCGUUGAUGUUGGCCGCUGCGGUCAGCGCGUACCCGCAAAGCCCGGAAUCCAGAGCCGUCAUCUUGAACCAAGAAAAGGAAGUCAACUUCGACGGAACCUUCAAGAACAAAUUCGAGACUGACAACAGAAUCAAGGUCGAAGAAGUCGGUUACCUGAAGCCCGGCACAGAUGGCCCGGUCUCCGUCGUCCAGGGUGGAAACUCUUACGUGGCCCCAGACGGUCGGGUCAUCUCAACCGGAUACAUCUCCGACGAGAACGGUUACAGACCCGUUGGUGAUCAUCUGCCUACUCCACCACCGAUCCCAUUCGAGAUCCAAGAAUCCCUCAGACUCUUGGCCUCUCUGCCGAGCACACCCGAACCGAAGUACAACUGAACGAGUACGUCCCGAUGAUCAUCGUUCACACACCAUAAUUUCGCCCGCACCACUCCUUCUCCUACGUAGCAUCCUUUUCUUUGUUUUUAAUUUUCCACCCCAUCAUCUGCACCCUCAUAUCACCACGAAUUCAUGUAUUUUUUAAAAAAAAAUGUUUCGUUCGAUUUAGCACUCGCCCUUUAAUGUUCCCUUCAUAAUAUAUCCUAUUGUGUGUGUAAAAUAUGUCACCGUUUAUCGUGCGAUAUAUUAUGCAUGUGUAUUUAUCAUUGUUUGUAUUACGAUGUAACUCUUGUUUGUUUACGCACAUAAUAUAAAUGCGUAUAUUAUUAUA